CUCCAGGCCCCUGAGAGAACCCCGGUCAUUCUGACUCUCCAGCUUUCAGCACAGGCCGUCCUGGUGGUUGUGGCAUCUCAGGCAGCUGGCCUCCGCCUUUCAAGCCUCCACACUUAUACCACCUAGGCAUGCCUGUGAGGAUGUAAAAGAUGCCCAGGAAGCACUUAGCACUGGGCUCACCGUCCAGACCCCACGAUGGCGCACGGCUGUUACUCUGUCCAGUGUUUGCUGAGGACUCCCCCUCCCACCCCGGUGCGUCAAGCCCCGGCUGGGUGGAGCAGACAGGCGCCCUGCCCUGGCAGGCACUCAGUGCUCUGAAAGGUCCUGCCAAGAAAGGAGAGUGCUGUGCCGCCAGGGACUGCCUACUCCGUGCUGGGAGCUGGGCUUCACAACUGCUCACUUACCUGCGAGCGUCCGUCUCCAGGAGAGUAUGAAGAGAGUGCGUCUGUAGGGCAGGGAAGAUGGCGGACAAGCGCAAACUCCAAGGUGAGAUUGAUCGCUGCCUCAAGAAGGUGUCCGAGGGCGUGGAGCAAUUUGAAGAUAUUUGGCAGAAGCUCCACAAUGCAGCCAACGCGAACCAGAAGGAAAAGUAUGAGGCUGAUCUAAAGAAGGAGAUUAAGAAGCUUCAACGGCUGAGGGACCAGAUCAAGACAUGGGUAGCAUCCAAUGAGAUCAAGGACAAGAGGCAGCUUAUAGACAACCGCAAGCUCAUUGAGACGCAAAUGGAACGGUUCAAAGUUGUGGAGCGAGAGACCAAGACCAAAGCCUAUAGCAAGGAGGGCCUGGGCCUGGCACAGAAGGUGGACCCUGCCCAGAAGGAGAAGGAGGAGGUCGGCCAGUGGCUCACGAAUACCAUCGACACCCUAAACAUGCAGGUGGACCAGUUUGAGAGUGAAGUGGAGUCCCUGUCAGUGCAGACACGCAAGAAGAAGGGCGACAAGGAUCAGAAGCAGGACCGGAUCGAGGGCCUGAAGCGGCACAUCGAGAAGCACCGCUACCACGUGCGCAUGCUGGAGACCAUCCUGCGCAUGCUGGACAACGACUCCAUCCUCGUGGACGCCAUCCGCAAGAUCAAGGAUGACGUCGAGUACUACGUCGACUCGUCCCAGGACCCCGACUUCGAGGAGAACGAGUUCCUCUACGACGACCUGGACCUCGAGGACAUUCCACAGGCGCUGGUCGCCACCUCCCCCCCCAGCCACAGUCACAUGGAGGAUGAGAUCUUCAACCAGUCAAGCAGCACGCCCACCUCGACCACCUCCAGCUCUCCCAUCCCACCCAGCCCGGCCAACUGUACCACGGAAAACUCUGAAGAUGACAAGAAGAGGGGACGCUCGACGGAUAGUGAAGUCAGCCAGUCUCCAGCCAAAAACGGCUGCAAGCCUGUCCACAGCAACCAGCACCCUCAGUCCCCAGCUGUGCCGCCAAGCUACCCCUCCGGCCCCCCGCCUGCCACGUCUGCCCUGAGCACCACCCCUGGCAACAACGGCGCCCCUGCCCCAGCAGCAGCCCCGAGUGCCCUGGGCCCCAAGGCCAGCCCAGCUCCCAGCCACAACGCGGGCACCCCCGCCCCCUACGCGCAGGCUGUGGCCCCGCCCGCUCCCGGUGGGCCCAGCCCCGCCCAGCCCCGGCCCCCCAGCGCCCAGCCUGGCGGCGGCGGCAGUGGAGGUGGCGGAGGAGGCAGCAGUAGCAGUAACGGCAGUGGAGGCGGAGGCGCUGGCAAGCAGAAUGGCGCCACCAGUUACAGCUCCGUCGUGGCAGACAGCCCGGCAGAGGCGGCUCUCAGCAGCAGUGGGGGCAGCAGUGCCAACGGCCAGGCCCUGGGCCCCCCAUCUGGCCCCCACAACCCACCUCCCAGCACCUCGAAGGAACCCAGUGCGACGGCCCCAACAGGUGCUGGGGGCGUGGCCCCAGGCUCAGGGAACAACUCCGGGGGACCCAGCCUCUUGGUGCCACUACCUGUGAACCCCCCCAGCUCCCCAACGCCCAGCUUCAGCGAGGCCAAAGCAGCCGGCGCCCUGCUCAACGGACCUCCACAGUUCAGCGCCGCCCCAGAGAUCAAGGCCCCUGAGCCUUUGAGCUCCCUGAAGUCCAUGGCAGAGCGGGCAGCCAUCAGCUCCGGCAUCGAGGACCCCGUCCGCACGCUGCACCUGAGCGAGCGAGACAUCCUCCUGAGCAGCACGUCGGCUCCCCCGGCCUCAGCCCAGCCGCCCCUGCAGCUGUCGGAGGUGAACAUACCGCUGUCCCUGGGUGUGUGUCCACUGGGGCCUGUGCCCCUCACCAAGGAGCAGCUCUACCAGCAGGCCAUGGAAGAGGCCGCCUGGCACCACAUGCCCCACCCCUCAGACUCUGAACGUAUCCGGCAGUAUCUCCCCCGGAACCCCUGCCCGACGCCCCCCUACCACCACCAGAUGCCACCCCCACACUCGGACACCGUGGAGUUCUACCAGCGCCUGUCGACCGAGACGCUCUUCUUCAUCUUCUACUAUCUGGAGGGCACGAAGGCACAGUACCUGGCAGCCAAGGCCCUGAAGAAGCAGUCGUGGCGAUUCCACACCAAGUACAUGAUGUGGUUCCAGAGGCACGAGGAGCCCAAGACCAUCACUGACGAGUUCGAGCAGGGCACCUACAUCUACUUUGACUACGAGAAGUGGGGCCAGCGGAAGAAGGAAGGCUUCACCUUUGAGUACCGCUACCUGGAGGACCGGGACCUCCAGUGACACCGGCCCCUCCCUCCACCCCCUCCCCCCGCAUGCUGAUCCCCCUGCCCAGGUGAGGGCCUGCCCUGGAAGACUGGGGGGAGGCCCCAGGCCACAGGGCAGCCCCCUCCCCCAGGAAGCAGGGAGGGGGCCGGGAGGCUUUCUCUUCCUCUCAGCCCCACCCUGGGGGCCCGGGGGCGAGGGCUGCCCCCUCCUCCCCUCCCCAGUGAGGGACAUUUUUUGGUAAACCUAUUUUCAUUUUGGAAAAUAUUUAUGAAUAAAUAGUUUUAUAUGACGGCUGGCAGCAGCGGCCUCUCCUGUACCCCCUCAGAGUCAGUGAGCCGGGGGGGGCUCCUGCCGGCGGGGACGCCGGGCCAGCUGGGGGUUGAA